CUGGGCACGGCUGUUGUCAAAAACAAACAGACCUCCUACAUAGCGAGGGUCAAGGUCAAAGCUGGGACCGUCCCCUGCUAGAUGAGACCCUCAUGGCUCAGCCAGACGUCUCAGGGGGCUUCAGAGGGACCUGAUGAACGUGGACGAAGGACUCACAUCAUCGAGGAGGGCUCUCCAGCAGAGGGCGGUAUAAGACAGAGAGCAUCUCCCAUCCCAUCAGGUCCUCGAGCAGUCUGCGCUGUCAGGAUCACGCCUCUGAAAAGCAUGAAAGGUUCCCCUGACCUGAUUCCUGCCGCAGAUCUGGACCCCAGCAGAGUGUGCAAAGGGAAAGGAGUCGUGACUCUGAGGGCCACCCUCGUCCACAUAGAUGACGAGGGCUGCAUCAGUGAGGAGCCGAACGUCAUCACAGCUCCAAGCGACUGGACGAGUCAGAUUAAUGGAGACAGCUCUAAAGCAGGACUGGCUGAGGGAGGCAGCAGCCUCACAGCUGAUUUACCUCCUGUAAACAACACUCGGUGCCAGGCCAAUUCACCAGAAAGCAUAAAAGAGAACCGGGCUCCAUCCUUCACUGACAUUCACAACUGUAUGUCAUCGCACCCCAGCUCUGUGUAUCCUUGCACGAGCAUAGUCAACCCCACCAUAGUCCUGCUGCAGCACAACAGAGAGCAGCAAAAGCAUCUUUCUCAUUUGGAAGACCCAUCCCCAGAAAGGGACAAAAGCCCUGAUCCUGGCAGAGACUCAGUGAGUCCAGUCCCUGAUAUGGACGGGAAGAGGCUGCGACUAUCACUGCACUCCCCUGUCCUCAGUCCUCUCAACAAGCCCAUUGUGCCUGUACGGAACACUGAAAAGUCCAAAGACUGGUAUAAGACAAUGUUCAAACAGAUACACAAAAUACCUGAGCCUAUUGAGGAAAACCCUUACCGCCCCACCUACAUUUUCCCUGAGAACUUUGACAUUCACAUGAAAUCAAAAGAUGACGGUCCCACUCCCUUUGGUUACUUGGAAGACGUGAGAGCUGUCCCACGCUCAAAAAGUGACGCCGAGGUCGAUUCAAGAGGCCGCUCGAUGCCGGUGCCAGCACGCUCCUCUUCCCUCAAACCCACUGCCAAAAGGAACGAGUGGGAGCCCCCGGAUAAAAAGGUAGACACCAGGAAGUACCGCGCCGAGCCCAAGAGCAUCUUUGAAUACGAGCCGGGGAAAUCGUCGGUGCUGAAGCUGGAGAGAACGACUCAGGAUGUAAGUCCGGAAGAUGUAGAUUUAGAGAAUGAGCCUUGGUAUAAAUUCUUUUCAGAGAUGGAGUUUGACAAAGCGAGUGCCCCCUCUUUCAGCCCCCUGGAAACAGCCCCUGACCUGCAGCAGUACUCCUCGAGCAAGUCUGGACACAGCGAGGUGGAGAAGGACACAGAAUCAUCCACGAGCGAGCCUGCGGCUCCAGAAUGCGACCGCCAUGUUUACAAGGCCGUCCUGGAGGGCGGCGACAUUCCCUUACAAGGUCUACGGGCUCUAAACAAGCGCCAUGGCAGCUCUUCCUCCUCUAAAGUGGAUUAUAAAGGUGGGAAUGGCUAUAUAAUUUCACCCUGCUCCUCUGUAAAUAGUCGAUCGGUUCUUGCCAGUAAUGCAAUAGGUAACCAGUGUAAGAGUAAGAAGCCUCUUUCUGCUGCCAAAGCCUGCAUACCCCAAAUCCUGCCUUCCAAGUUCAAGCCCAAGCUGCUGCCACCCAGUGGUGACAGUCAGGAGAGCAGGACUAAAGCUGCCAGGCACCCAAAGGCCCACAGCUGUGAGGAUCUGUACACAGGGCCAUGUCACAUGGACUUUGGGGCAGAGGAAAGCGAGAGCGGCCAAUAUUCAGACUCUAAGUCCAGCUGUGGCAGCGAGUGUGCGGACGGCCUCAGGAAUGUUUCCCCUGCAAUUAGGAGGAGCGCGUCUGAGUUUUCCAGCCUGUACAGGAGCAUGCAUCACAUCCAGAGGCCCAGCUCAGCCGGCUGCAGCCCCCACGGCAGCGUUCGGAGCCUGGCCUCCCUUUUUGAGAGGGCAAAGGCCGACGGGGGUGAAAGGUCAGAGGGGGAUGACGGAGGUAACAUUCCACGGGACGCGGUGUCGUCGCGGGUCAGUGAGUUUGAAAUGAUCAUCCAGCGGACCGGCUCGGCACCCAGCCGCUCCUCCUCCCUGCCCACCCUGCACUCCAGCCACAGCCAUAGCCCCGACCACACGCCCGCCCACCUCUACAUGGCGUCUGCGGUGUCAGCAGAGUCCCUGCUGGUGGCCGAUGCCACCCAGACAGAUGCCUGCUCCCCAGCGGAGGCAGAGGACAAGAGCUCUGGGGAGGAGGCCCUGUCACCGAGCAGUGUGACGGUGGAGGAGGCCGCUUCCUCCUCAGAGGACGGAUACAACAUCAGGACUGAGUCUCCCUCCAACACCGAGGCCGAGGUCGAGCAGAUCUUCAGUAAAAGUUCCCCGGAACUGAUCCACCAAAAUGUCAGUGCAUCAAAGAGUCCCGUAGCCCUGAUUACAACAUCCCCCCCGCAGCACAACCAUCUCCACCACCACCACCACCAGCACCACCUCCUGCACCACCUCAACCACCAGCUCCUCCUCAAACCCAGCAAAUGCAAAGGCUCCUGCCCAGCCUCCUACACGCGCUUCACCACCAUCCUCAGGCACGAGAGGCAGCAAGCCACGAGCCAACAGGAGAAGCCCCCACCUCUAGAGAAGAAGACCACCCUGCCUGGAAACCUCUUCCUCAUGGGCCCCGCUCCCUUCAGGCCACGGAGGAACCUGCAGCCCCACCAGACUCGGAGAACCCUGUUAGCCACCAAGGUGACGAUGGGCACCCAGAGGCCCAGCAGUCUGUCCCCUGAGCUCAGACCUCUGAUCCCUCAGCGCCUGUCCUCCCUGGAGGUCUUGGAGAGGCUGGGUAACGGAGAAGGAGGCAACACUGACCACCUGAGUAACGGGCAGGGCUUGGACGCCAACGGGAACCUACUGCAGCCGCUGGCAGCUCACCGCAGAGACUCGUCCCCAGCUCACGGGGAGAGCCAGGACGAAGUGUUGCGGAGGCGUCAUGGAGACAAAGAGAAAAUCCUGGAGGAGCAGCGGCGGCUGAAGCGGGAACAGGAAGAAGCCGACACGGCGUCCAGGCGGCACACGGGCAUUGUCCCGACGCACCACCAGUUCAUCACUAACGAACGCUUCGGAGACCUGCUCAACAUCACAGAUAACGCGGAGAAGAGGAAAUCAGGCGUGGAGAGAACUCCAGCCAUGGCUCGCUUUGACUUCAGAGCUGAAACUUUAAAAGAGUUGCCGUUUCAGAAGGGAGACAUCGUGUACAUCAUUCGACAGGUGGAUCAGAACUGGUAUGAAGGGGAACAUCAUGGACGAGUUGGUAUUUUCCCCCGAAGUUACGUUGAGCUCCUCCCCCCCACAGAGAAAGCCCAGCCAAAGAAAAGUGCCCCGGUGCAGGUGCUGGAAUAUGGAGAGGCUGUCGCUCGGUUCAACUUCAACGGGGACACAGUGGUGGAGAUGUCCUUCAGAAAGGGGGAGAGGAUCACGCUAAUCCGUAGAGUUGAUGAGAACUGGUACGAAGGCAAAAUCGCAGGCACCAACCGCCAAGGCAUCUUCCCCGUCACCUACGUAGAGGUGCACAGAAGACCCCGCGUCAAGAACGGGGUGGACUAUCCCGACCCUCCUGUCAGCCAGUCACCGCAGCGCAGCACCAAUGCUUCUCCACAGCUCUAUCGUAAUCGCCUGACCACCUCCCCUCUACCCCUCCCUCGCUCCCCCCGCCGCUCCGUGUCCCCUGAGGUCCACGCUGUCUCCUCUGAGUGGAUCUCCCUGACCGUGGGAGGAGGGAGCCCUCCUGCCGCCCCCACCCCUCCCCUGCCGCCGCUGCCCACCGUGUCCUACCGCUGCGGCGAGUACCUGCCCCCGCCUUACUCUGCCAGCCCCGUGCCUCCCAUCACCGGCAGCCCAUACUGCGUCUCCCCCAUGGCCUCCCCGUCUGCCUCCCCUUUACCCCCGCCUUACCCUCCCAGACCCAACUCCACAACUCCCUUCCUCACGUUCACCCCACCUCAGGGAGAGGACUUCCUGCUCUCCCCUCCCUCCCCACGUCUCUCACGCAGCGUCAGCCCCUGCGGCGGGCCGGUGCUGGAGGGCUGGCUGAGGGGGGAGAAGGAUUUGACAGAGGGGGAUGGCACAGAGGGGGACAGGGGCCGCGCAGCCCCGGGCAGCAGGCGAAAUAGCCCUGCAGAGUUUCUGAGGAAUGAGGUCGACCAUCAUGGACGGAGCUCCAGAAGCCCUGUGAUGCUGUUUGACAUCCAGGAUAACAACAACGUAAACUCAUUUGCGGAAGCAGUGUGUAAUGAGAUCUUGAAUAUAGCUGAGACCUCGGUGAGGUACUGCAGCACCCUGUCCCACCACCCUCAUGACUCUGUCCAUAGACUGCACCCCCACCCCAGUAAACAAUCUUUCAUCAUUUCCCAGCAACCCCAGUCCCACAGCAGCAGUCCGGAGCCAAGUCGUCUUAACUGUGGAAUUUUCCAGGCUUUGUACAGUUACGUGCCGCAGAACGACGACGAGCUGGAGCUGCAGGAGGGAGAUCUCGUCAGCGUCAUGGAGAAGUGCGAUGACGGCUGGUUUGUCGGUACCUCGAAGAGGACAAAACAGUUUGGGACUUUCCCGGGGAAUUACGUGAAGGAGGUGAAACUGUAAAGAUAUCUAAUGUGGCUGUAACACACGGUUGCCUGUCAAGCUUGGGAAGUCAUUACUAUCGCGCAUGGCUGUUGGUUAGAAUAGUCAUUUAGCCAGGCGAAUCCGUUUUGUCUGGGGAAAGUGAUCGGUUCGGCCUGAGGUAUGUCAAACUGCACGAGGAGAGGACGGAGACGGCUCACUGCCCAAACCCUCAGCAUGGUGUACACCUUCAUCACACUUCACACGCUUCCUGACAAGAAUACGUCCAUCUCCACAUGUGGAAUUUCUCUGUGAAAACCGACCACAAACUAGCUUUUAUUGUACAGAUAAUAGCUUCCAUUUUGUCCACGUGAUUUUACAGUACACAAGUGUUUAUGUAGCAGGCCGGCAGCAGAGCAGUGUUGAUGGAUCAAGGAGAGGAUCUUUUUGCCUGAACUGGACUUUGGAGGAGUCAGAAUGUAUUUUUUGAGUGUGAUGUGGAGUUUGGAGCUAUUUGUCAUGAGCUACCUUUCAGGAUCAGGGGUGUUUAACAUGAUUGGCUAAGUAUGAUGCAAAUCGAAAAAAAUCACUUCCUUUUUAUUUAAGUUUCAAAAGAAAAACCUUCAGUGUUCAGAUCAAGUUUAAAUGUUGCUGUACUCUGGUCCCACAGACAGUUUUCCCCCGGUUUAGAUCCAAGAAUAUGACGUUGAUUCAGUGUCCCUUGGAGGUGAAGUUGUUUACGCCUUAUAUACAAAGACACUUUAGAAUCUGUUUUGCUUUCUUUCACAUUUUCAGUCAGUGUUGGCUGCCUGUCAAGACCAUUGCAGCAUUCACAACUCAGAGUAACCCAAAAGCUUUCGAUACCGGUUAAGUAUUGCCUUCAUUUUCUAUCCAAAGGUUGUUAUACAAAAGUUAUUACAGUCAUGUGUUUGACUAGAAACACUAAAAUGUUGAAGUGUGCUGUUAGUUUCUCCUUUUCUCAGUUACCACAUCAAACAGAAACGCAGAGCAAGUGAUCGACUGCGCUGAUUGUCUCAGAACAGUGACGAUAAACUGUGUGUAUCCAAAUAGAAACUAUUUAUCUGUCCUGUUAUACCCCCUCUGCUGAGGUAAAAGUCGACUGUGUUUGCUGAUGCCUGUAAGGUAGCUGGUGGUAGACGCCUGGCUCCAGCUCAACUACAGGACAGGCGUGGUAGCACUUAACUUCCUGUUUGGUUAUUUUAGGGAGAUCCCACCUAACAAGAUAACAGAAGAUUAAUCAGUGAUGACACAAAAAGCUAUUUAAUGUUUUAAAUGAAAGCCAACAAGGUGUCUUAGAGAAUAAUCGUACUGAUUUUUAAAGGCAUAUUGAGAUUUUAACCAUGCCCUUCCUGGCAAGAUUGUAUGUUUUAGUCAUGUAAAUGUGUACAGAAAACUUUAAGAGGCCUUCCAGACACGGCUACAUAUUUUCAUAUGUAAUGAGUACAACUUGGGUAACACAGUUGGUGGAAUGAUUCACAUAAUAGCAUAUAUAGGUCGGCAUUAGGACAGCAUGCACAGUAACAUCAAUAAGAGAUCGACAAAUCAAAUCGGAGCAUGAAAUACUAUCAGCGAACGCCUCUAUAUUUGCAUUUAGCUUAAAGAAAACAGAAGUGAUGACAGGGUUAACUUUUUGCUCCUUGAGCUUCAAUCGCUCCCUGAUGGUUUGAAUUCUGCUAUCAAAGCAUCAGAGCCAUCGUCCCGCGGAGCACAGAGCUCCCACAUCUCCGGCAACACACACUGUCAGAGUAUCUCCUCCACAUGCACAGAUGAAAGCUAUUGUUUUUCUUUUGUUUGCGUUCUCAUCAAAUUCCUUGAUGUCAUCAACCGCUGCAAUGUGUGCUCAUCAAUCCUUAGCAGAGCUGUCAGAUAGUACGUGCAAAUAAUUCUUACUGCUUGUUAUGACCUGCUCGGAGCAGCAGAUGGGUGUUGUUUGUAGGGCAAUGUGCUACUGAAGUAUUUUAAAGUCAGUCUAGUUGAUACCAGGAGCUAUCUGAAGCUCUGAGUAGCUGAAGCCAGAUCCACACAUUUCCAAUCAAAUGGUGCCAGACUAUCCUGGCUCUUUAUAAUCGCCUGAAUACACACAAUCUGAAACAUAAUGUGAAGUAUAGUGGUAUAAAGAGACAUAAAACAGUAACACUCACUCACUAGAUCUCAAAGCGUAUGUUUACUAUAUCUUUGUAUUUUUUUUUGCAUCUGAAUGUGCAACAGUUGUGCAGUGAUGAUAAACGAUGACCUGAUUGGAACAUGGUUUGAAUGUUGUGUAUGUGGCCAACACACAUACAAGUGAUAUUUGAAGUUUAAUAAUAGAUGAAGUGCAUUAAUUUAACAACAUUCAGUAGCAAUCAGUGUUUCAUCCUCUCUGACGUUUGCUGUUCAGCAUCAGCAAACAUCAGAAUCAGGUGUUUGUUCCUGUGCACAUCACCACUGACAAUUCUGCCAUCAUCGGCGACAGAGUAUUGUCUCAGCAAGAUAAAACACAUAAUAUAAUACACUUCAUUGUGUGUUUGCUUGUAUAGCACUGAUAUAAUGUUCAGGUAUUUUGUUACACCACAAAAGCAUUUUUUCCCUCCACCGCUGGCUAAACAUUUUUUGUUCCUGUGUAACUCCAGAUCCUCAUGAAUGUGCUGAUUGGCUGGGAGUCUGUCGACCUGUAAGCUUGUUCAAAAAUCCCUGACAGAACAACAGCAGUGUCUGAAAAACACUAUACUGUAUGGCGGACAAAUAAACAGUCACUGAUUUAGUCACAACACAACUCACUAUAGAUGGUUUCUGUGAUAUUGUGCUGCAUGAAACAUCACAGGAUGUAUGAAUGUAUGAAUAUAUGAAUGUGGCGCAGGCUGUGUACACAUGAUUUGUAAAAAAAAAAAAAAAAAAAAAAUGUCUGAAUGUCUUUUCAUCAUGAAUGAACACACAGACUAACGAGCAGCGCAGCACAAGAAGGAGUGUAAAUAUGUAAAAUAAUAAAAAAUAGACUGCAAGCGAUGGGAGCAUCAGACUGAGCUCUCAGUUACUUGCAGCAGUUUAUUUACCCGAAGGAUUUUUUUGGCAAAGCACAGAGUGGAGCGUUACUGAGCACAGGAAGUUUGAUGCAUAUGAACAUUACGCUGCCAUUUGUGAGGAUCAUAAUGCCUUAUGUUAGAUGCAAAAUUAAAUUGUGCCUCAUUUUCAUUAAAAAAAUUUUUUUUUGGAGUAUCACUGAAAUGUAUCCAUUACAUAUUUACUGUAACCAUGGUUUUCCCAUUAGUCCCAGUCUAUGUGGCGGGAGAAAUAUUUACUAAGAACUUGUCAGUUACUGUGCAAGUACCUAAAAGUGUGACACGAUGCUUCAUCUUAAUGAUUAAUAAUCAUGAGAAUGGACUAGUUUAAUGGGACGCACAACCCACAACAGGUUUGGUUUGUUUGCUUCAAUUUGCAGUGCUGUUACAUUGACAAUAUUAAAAAUAAAGAUACUAUACACUGCUGUGACUUCGGUAUUAUGCAAUAUUUAAUAAACCAUUUAAACCAUU